AUGAUUUUUACUACUGUUGUAAUCAGUGCCUUGAAUAUUGUCAUGAAUGUUUAUGAGGCUGAUUCUACUGGUACCUGCAACAUCUACUUCAAGGUAAAUGAGUAUGAGACUGUGAAUAGUCGCAAUAUUGGUACAGUUACACUCUGUGGUAGGCAUAUCAGUGGUGGCAUUCCUUGUUUAGUACGUGAAUUUGUCAAUAUCAAAACCAAUAAAGACUACAUCUGUGACAUGAAUCAGAAUAUGAUUUAUGAUAAGCACCACUACUGGCUUGUAGUGGAUAAAACAGGUGAUAAGUCACCAGAAAUAAGAUUUAGAGGGUAG